AUGUCAACCCUCGACCGGCGCAACGAUGCCACCACGGUGAAUCCCUUCCGCGUCAACGACCGGGAUGUGGUGAUCCACCAGACGGUCCGCGGCGCCGACUGGUACUACGCCGUGUGCGCGUUGAUGGGGGCUACUGCCCUGACCAUUAUGGUGCUGAGCAGGCGCAAGCCCCGCACGGACCGAAUCUUCUUCUACCUGUCCUCCACGCUCUGCUUCGUCGCUUGUAUCGCCUAUUUCUCCAUGGGCUCCAAUCUCGGAUGGACACCCAUCGACGUCGAGUUCCAACGCAGCAACCCCAAAGUCGCUGGCAGGAACCGACAGAUCUUCUAUGCGAGAUAUAUCGAUUGGGUCAUUACGACACCGCUCUUGCUGACCGACCUGCUCCUUACCGCGGGGAUGCCGUGGCCCUCGAUUCUCUGGGUCAUCGGACUGGACGAAUUGAUGAUCGUCACCGGCCUGCUCGGCGCACUGGUGCGCACCCGCUACAAGUGGGGCUUCUACACGUUCGGGUGUGCGGCGAUGCUGUACAUCUUCUACGAGCUCGGGUUCGUCGCGCGGCGCCACGCCCUCGCGCUCGGCAAAGACGUGCACCGCGUCUACGUCAGCUGUGGCGUGCUCACGCUCGUCGUCUGGACUUUGUAUCCCAUCGCGUGGGGCCUGAGCGAGGGCGGCAACGUCAUUGCGCCAGAUUCCGAGGGGAUCUUCUACGGCAUCCUCGACGUCCUCGCGAAGCCUUGCUUCUCUGCCGCGCUGAUCUGGGGACAUUGGAAUAUCGAUCCCGCGCGCUUGGGUUUGCGGAUCCACGAGUUCAGCAAUGAGGGUUUGAGCUCCGCCGAGCGCGAGAAGCGCGGUCUCCCGAAUGUCGGUCGUAACGGCACUCCUGGCUUGCAGUCUCACGAUCAUGUUAGUCCUAGGGCGGAGAAUGCUGCGGCUGCGCCUACGGUCUAA